CUGUGACGUUAGCUGUUAUUUAUUGUGCUGUUUAUGAUAUUAUUAUGUCUUUGUGAAACACAUUUAUGGAUGGUGAAGUUAAUCAAACAUAUAUAACCCUUGAAGGACAUGUAGAGUUGGACAAAUUCAGAUAUCUUUAUUUUACAGUCAUGCUAGCAGCAUAUGUUUGCAUCGUCGUCUGUAACCUGACCAUUGUGUAUCUCAUAUGGACGCACAGAAACCUCCAUGAGCCCAUGUACGUUUUCAUUGCUGCUUUGCUUCUGAACUCUGUUGUUUUCAGCACUAACAUUUAUCCAAAACUGCUGUCAGAUUUUCUAUCUGAGAAGCAGAUUGUAUCGUAUUCAGCUUGUUAUUUGCAGUUUUUUCUCUUUUAUUCUCUAAGUGGCUCAGAGUUUUUACUGCUGGCAGCAAUGGCCUACGAUCGCUACGUGUCUAUAUGUAAACCUUUACAAUAUGCAACAGUAAUGGGGAGAAACACGGUCAGUAUUUACCUGAGUUUGGCCUGGCUGGUGCCUGCCAGUGUUCUUGCUGUACAGGUGGUAUUGAGCUCCAAUAUGAAACUCUGUAAAUCAAAAUUUCAAGGAAUUUUCUGCAAUAACUCAAUUUAUAGCGCCCACUGUUUAAAUUCAGAGGUGCAUGUUGUAUUUGGUGCCGUGGCACUGGUUAUGAUCGGAUUCUUCCCUCUGCUUUUCAUAGUUUUUACUUACACCAGAAUAUUUAUCAUAUCCUAUCGCAGCUCUAAAGAAGUCAGAAAGAAAGCAGCUCAGACCUGCUUACCCCAUCUGCUGGUGUUGAUCAGUUUCUCCUGUUUGUGUGCGUUUGAUGUCAUCAUAGUCCGACUGGGAUCCAACUUUACAAAACUAGUGCGUUUAAUAAUGACUUUACAGGCAGUUCUGUAUCAUCCUCUGUUUAAUCCAAUCAUAUAUGGUUUAAAAAUGAAGGAGAUAUCUAAACAAUUGAAAAGGUUGUUCUCUCAAGCUAAGGUCCUAUAGUUGUGACGCUGAUGAAUUGAUAUAAACAUUAGA